GCGUACGGAGGGGAUGACCCUGAGCAGCACCCAGCGGGUACACCCCUGAGAGGCGGCCAUCCCUGGGGUCCGGAGCCCCGAGUUCUAGUCCUGCCUCGUCCACCGACCGACUCGCUGUGUGACUGUGCCCAGGCCCAUGACCCUUUCUGUGGCCCAGUUUGUUUAUCUGUAAAUGAGCGUGUUGGGUGCCUCUGAUGUCCCUCCUAGCUCGGGAAGUCAGAUUCUCAACCCUCUUUCGAAGUCUUUUCUUGAAGACGGACCUGAAAAGCGUGUCUUUCCUGCCUCCUCCUGCCCAGCCAGGAGGUCACUGAUAAGAGAUGUCCACCGUGUUUGCUGCCAGACACCCAGCCGGCCAAGGACAACUCGGCGCUUUGGAAGGUCCCUGUGCUUCCUGCGCAGCGGGACUCUGUGCCCUGAAGACUUUGUUUUAUAAACCAGUACCAGCAGUUAAAACACACCAAUGUGAAAAAUAGGAGACCUUGUGGGUUUUUUGGUUUUUUUUGGUCUUAAAAUGCUCUCUUAACUUGCUGGUUCACUUUGGGCGAAUUCCUUCCCUUCUCUGGACUUGAGAUUUCUCCUCCGGCAAAGGAAGGUGCUGGGUUAGGUCGCUGGUUCUUAAUUCCCUUUCCCAUACUCCCAGCACAACUGAAGAAUGAAUAAUGGUUCUCUAAGGCCAUGACUUUUGUGGGGUUUGGAGGGUAUUAUAUAUGUAGUCAUAUAGAUUGAAAAAUCGGUGCUUGUAAUUUUUAACUAUGACUUUUGGCAACUACUGGUUUAGAUGAUUCCUAAGGCUCUCUCCCUCUCCUUAAAAAUGUACAAAGCUGUGAUUCUUCUGUCCUUGUUAGGUGUGUGUGUUUGCUUAAAUGACUGUGUGCCUGGAGGUACACACUUUACUUUCCCAGUAAAAAAAAAGAUGCUGGGGCAUUGAAUAGGAGCAAAAGGAAAACUGUAUUUCAGUAAGAUAAAGUGGCAUAGUGAAAUGAAACUGGACUUGACCUGCAGUUGAAGACCUGGAUCCUGACUUCGUUUAGCAGUGAUGUUUUCUGACUUCAUGACCUCGAGCAACCCGGCUCACCCCUCUGGGCCUCCCUUUCCUCACCCGGAAAAUGAGGGGCUGGACUGGGUGAUUCUUGACUCUUUUCUUCACUGUAAUUCUGGUUUUGUUUUUUAUCUAAGCAGCUUGGCGGAUAUGGUGUGGCAUUUCUUUCGGAAAGAGAGGCUGUCUCUUAGGUACUUUGAACUCAAGUAACCAAGAGGGGAGAUUUGCUCUUUGAUAACUGGAGAUAACGCAGCAAUGGGUCCACGAAAGAAAAGUGUUAAAACAUGUCUUAUGAAUAAUGAAAUUCCUGAGGAAACAGUAUCAGAUGAAACAAAGGAUUAUAUGAAUCAACUUUCACAUGAAGUACUUUGCCAUAUUUUUAGGUACCUCCCUCUGCAGGAUAUCAUGUGUAUGGAAUGUCUUUCCCGGAAGCUAAAGGAAGCAGUGACCCUGUAUUUGAGAGUUGUGAGGGUUGUGGAUCUCUGCGCUGGGCGCUGGUGGGAAUACAUGCCAAGUGGCUUCACAGAUUCCAGUUUUCUGACACUGUUGAAGAAGAUGCCAGAUGUCGAACAGCUAUAUGGCCUUCACCCUAGAUACCUUGAGAGGCGAAGGGUCCGCGGCCAUGAAGCUUUUAGCAUUCCAGGUGUUCUGGAGGCUUUGCAGGCAUGCCCAAACUUAGUGGGUGUGGAGACUUCUCAUUUGGAAUUGGUAGAAUCCAUUUGGACAUACAUGCCACAUGUUCAUAUUUUGGGGAAAUUUCGGAAUCGUAAUGGAGCAUUUCCAAUUCCUCCUGAAAAUAAACUGAAAAUCCCUAUAGGAGCAAAAAUUCAAACUUUACACUUAGUUGGAGUGAAUGUUCCUGAAAUUCCUUGUAUCCCAAUGCUAAGGCACCUUUAUAUGAAGUGGGUAAGACUCACCAAACCACAGCCAUUCAAAGAUUUUCUUUGCAUCAGCUUGCGAACUUUCGUCAUGAGGAACUGUGCAGGUCCCACAAACUCCUUGAAAUAUGUCCCUUUAGUAACAGGCCUGGCCUCUGCCCGAAACUUGGAACAUUUAGAAAUGGUUCGAGUUCCUUUCCUUGGAGGUCUUAUCCAACAUGUAGUUGAAGACAGUUGGAGAUCAGGUGGUUUUAGAAAUUUGCACACCAUUGUUUUGGGGGCUUGCAAAAACGCUCUUGAAGUAGACCUUGGUUACCUCAUUAUCACUGCUGCACGUAGGUUGCAUGAAGUUCGGAUCCAGCCUUCCCUAACCAAAGAUGGCGUCUUUUCUGCCCUAAAAAUGGCAGAGUUGGAGUUCCCCCAGUUUGAAACCCUUCAUCUGGGAUAUGUAGAUGAGUUUUUGCUGCAGAGCAGAAUGGCUAAUGCCGAUCUGGUGAAGUACGGUUUGGCAGAUGUGGUAGAAAAUCCUGGUAUUAUCACCGAUAUAGGGAUGAAGGCAGUCAAUGAAGUUUUUUCCUGUAUCAAAUAUCUGGCGAUUUAUAAUUGUCCUCAUCUACAUAAUCCAUACAAUUGGAUCUCAGACCACUCAAGAUGGACGCGAUUGGUUGAUAUCAACUUAGUGCGGUGCCAUGCUCUGAAGCUGGAUUCCUUUGGCCAGUUUAUUGAAUUGUUGCCCAGCCUGGAGUUUAUUUCACUGGACCAGAUGUUUCGUGAACCACCCAAAGGCUGUGCUCGAGUUGGUCUGAGUGCAGGCACUGGAAUUGGGGUAUCCUCAGCCCUUGUCAGCAACCAGAACUCCAACAACGACAAUGAUAACAAUGCGCAGAAUAAUGCCAACAUCCAUGACAACAAUCACCAUCCAGAUGACUCAGAUGAGGAGAAUGACUUCCGGCAGGAUCUGCAACCAGGAGAGCAGCAGUUUGCAGCCGACGCAUUGAAUGAGAUGGAAGACAUGGUGCAGGAAGAUGGGGAGUUGGUGCCCGAGAGUGGACGUGAGACCCCAGCGCACAGCCAGGGAGUCCUGCCUGUGGACAUUGAUGAGGAGCAAGCAGGACCCAGUGGUCUUCAGCGUGUAGUGAAACCAACUCCAAUUACUGUUCAUGAUUCAGAGAGUGAUGAUGAGGAAGACAGUCUAGAGCUCCAAGAAGUCUGGAUUCCUAAGAACGGUGCUCGGCGUUACUCUGAGCGUGAAGGAAAAACCGGAGAGUCCGUGCAGUCCAGGGAAUUGUCAGCAGUAAGUGGAAAAGGCAAGACUCCACUUCGAAAGAGGUACACCUCCCAUCAGAUGGGCCAGUCGAAGCAGUUUCCCCUCGAGGAAAGCAGCUGUGAGAAAGGCUGUCAGGUCACCAGUGAGCAGAUCAAAGCUGAUAUGAAAGCAGCUAGGGAUACUCCUGAAAAGAAAAAAAACAAGGAUGUUUAUCCCAGCUGCAGCACCGCCGCCAGCACAGCAGGAAACUCCAGCUCGCUCAGCACUGCUUCUCAAAGCCCUGACUGUGUAAGGACGGUGAGCAGCGGCGGCUCUUCCGAGCCUAGCCCUCCCGAAGUGGAUGUGCCCAGGCAGUGCGUCUGCUCCCCUGCUGGGUCAGAGGACUCUGAGGCCAUGGAGGAGGGAGAUGCAGAGAGCUCUGUCUGUCCCAGAUGCUGCUGUCGCAGGCCCCAGGAACCCCAAAGGAGAACUGGCAGGUGCUCUGAUGAGGAACGUCCUUCAGCCAGCCGAGCCUGUGUUGUGAGUGGCCCGGAUGGUACGAGACCCACCUUGUCCUUUAGGACUCUACCCCACGGGGGGUCUCCAGGCCCAGCACAUCCUGAGAGGACCGAUGGGAGUGGCUCUGGGGCUACAGGUGAGGACAGGAGGGGGAGCUCCCAGCCUGAGAGCUGUGACGUGCAGUCUCAUGAAGACUACCCUCGGAGGCCCCUAACAAGGGCCAGGAGCAGACUCUCCCAUGUCCCGCUGGUAUCUGAGUCAGAGGUUGCCAAAACAAAGCCGCGGCAUGCUAUGAAGCGGAAGCGGACAGCAGAUAAGUCCACCAGUACCAGUGACCCUGUGAUUGAGGAUGACCACGUGCAGGUCCUUGUGUUAAAAUCCAAAAAUCUUGUUGGAGUCACUAUGACCAACUGUGGAAUCACAGAUCUGGUGCUAAAAGACUGUCCCAAGAUGAUGUUCAUCCAUGCUACCAGGUGCAGGGUACUGAAGCAUUUAAAAGUAGAAAAUGCACCAAUUGUGAACCGAUUUGAUUAUGCACAAUGCAAGAAACUGAACAUGGAUCAGGUACUAGACCAGAUACUACGGAUGCCUCCGGAGAGAAACCGCAUCAUAUACCUACGCCCGAUGCAGCAGGUGGACACGCUGACGCUGGAGCAGAAGCUGUUUAGCGGCCCCUACCCCUAUCACAUCUGCAUUAUCCAUGAAUUCAGCAACCCUCCUAACGUCCGGAACAAGGUUCGCAUUCGCAGCUGGAUGGACACCAUAGCAAACAUCAACCAAGAGCUCAUUAAGUAUGAAUUCUUCCCUGAAGCCACACGAACUGAAGACGACUUGAAGAAGCACCCCAAGUACCCCUGGGGCCGAGAAAUCUAUACUCUAGAAGGGGUUGUGGACGGUGCACCGUACUCCAUGAUUUCUGACUUCCCCUGGUUGCGAUCACUGCGGGCAGCAGAACCCAACAGCUUCGCCAGAUACGACUUUGAAGACGACGAAGAAAGCACCAUCUAUGCUCCUCGAAGGAAAGGGCAGCUGUCCGCAGACAUCUGUAUGGAAACAAUAGGAGAAGAAAUUUCAGAGAUGCGCCAGAUGAGGAGAGGGGUGUUUCAGCGAGUGGUGGCGAUUUUUAUCCACUACUGUGAUGUCAAUGGAGAGCCGGUCGAAGAUGACUACAUUUGACUGGCCCCUCCUGCUUUCCAGCUCUUCCGGCAGAGCCGCUGAGGCUGCGCAGCCACCAGAGAAAGCUCCAGGGGACUCUGGGCCGCCCAGCUCUGGCAUACAGGAAAUGCGUAAGGACACUGAAGUUGUAUACAAAGAUUUGUACAUAAAGGAGCUAUACAGAUACUUCCUGAGUACCAACUUUAUAUCAUAUGUUUAUACAGUUUAAUUUAAAAGUUCAUUUUAAUGAAGGCAGAUCAUUGGAAAGAGUUCAUUCUCCUGACUUAGUUUAUAAAGUCACUUCUUGGCUGAGCCUCAUUUACUAUAUUCAUAAUCACUGUCACCCCUAAAUCUGUGCCUUUUCUUCUCGAGCGAAGCAGUUUGAGUAAAUCUGUUAAAGAGUCCUUGUGUCUUGUGUGCUUUUUUUGUGUUACUAUUAAAACAAACCGAACCCUGUAGUCAGAGGUGGCUACAUGUUUCUGUACGAAAUUGUGGUUCUUUUUUCUCUUGGUAUUAUAGUUGCCCUAUUUCUUAAACUCAAAUAAAAAGACUCAUGAGUUUAAAAACAACAACUGAGUUAUGAGAGAAAUGGAAAAUUUUCCAAAGCAUCUCUAGUUAUUUAUUUCCACAUGCAAUUGUGUACUUGCUUUAUCUUGAAUAUAAAAAUAAAAGUUCACUAAAAACUUU